CGCACGCACGUAUCUCGUGCAUCUCACCUCCACUGCUGCGUCUAACCCGUGUCGGCUGCAUCCAGACGCGAGGAGACAACAUCACUAAAACAUUCGAUUUCCUCGCGUCUCCCGCGGAUACAGCUACAGGCUCGGCUCCCUCCGCCACCUCCUCUUCGGCUGUGGAGCAGAGGAUGAAGCAGCUCUUUGUCAGAGCUUGGGAGAACAAAGCCAUGAGCCCCUGGCUGCUCUUCGCCCUGCUCGGACUUUGUGCAGCAUUUGGGCCCAGUAAACAGGAAGAGGAGGACUAUGAAGAUGUGCCCAUAAAUAAGACCUGGGUCCUGUCACCGAAGGUUUAUGAGAGCGAUGUGACUUUGAUCCUGAAUAAACUGCUGCAGGGCUACGACAACAAACUGCGACCUGAUAUCGGAGUGAGGCCAACUGUGAUUGAAACAGCCGUGUAUGUCAACAGCAUUGGACCGGUGGACCCAAUAAACAUGGAAUACACCAUUGACAUCUUCUUUGCCCAGACAUGGUACGACAGCCGACUGAAGUUCAACGGCUCGAUGAAGCUGCUCAUGCUCAACAGUAACAUGGUAGGCAAAAUCUGGAUUCCAGACACGUUCUUCAGGAAUUCACGCAAAUCAGAUGCCCACUGGAUCACCACUCCCAAUCGCCUCCUACGGCUGUGGAACAACGGACGGGUCAUGUACACACUAAGGUUGACUAUUAAUGCGGAGUGUUACCUUAAGCUGCAUAACUUUCCAAUGGAUGAACACUCAUGCCCCCUGGAGUUUUCGAGCUAUGGUUAUCCCAAAAAUGAGAUCAUGUACCGGUGGCAGAGGCGGGCGGUUGAAGUGGCAGACCAGCGCUACUGGAGACUCUACCAGUUUGCCUUUGUAGGGUUGAGGAACACCACAGAUGUGGCACACACCCAGUCAGGAGAAUACGUCAUCAUGACCAUCUUUUUUGACCUGAGCCGAAGAAUGGGCUACUUCACCAUCCAGACCUACAUCCCCUGCAGUAUGAUUGUGGUUUUAUCCUGGGUCUCCUUCUGGAUCAAUAAGGAUGCCGUCCCAGCGCGCACGUCUCUGGGUAUCACCACAGUGCUCACCAUGACAACACUCAGUACGAUCUCCAGAAAAUCCCUACCCAAGGUUUCUUAUGUCACUGCCAUGGACCUGUUUGUCUCUGUUUGCUUCAUCUUCACUUUUGCUGCCCUCAUGGAGUAUGGCACGCUGCACUACUUCACCAGUAACCGACAAACCAAGAAGGCUAAAGCCAACAAUAACACACAGCUACCACAGCAGAGAGCAUCUAGCAUGGUGAAUAUCCGACCUGGAACGUCCCUGCUGCAGAUGAACAACAUUGUGCCAUAUCAUGAAGAUGACUAUGCUUACGAGUGUUUGGAUGGAAAAGACUGCGCCAGCUUCUUCUGCUGCUUCGACGACUGCCGCUCAGGUGCCUGGCGUGAAAACAGGAUGCACGUACGGGUUUCCAAAAUUGAUUCUUACUCACGAAUAUUUUUCCCUACUGCUUUUGGCCUUUUUAAUCUGGUUUAUUGGAUAGGUUAUCUGUAUUUAUAAAAGACUGUUUGUCUUUCAUAUCUGAAGUUUCACACGUGCAAACAUUUCACAAAAGCAGAACUGCUCUUGUACCAGAAAUGACAGCUUCUCAGCAAAGAUCAAUGGCAGAAAGAUGACCUUAAAUAAUAACAAAUAACAAACUAAUAAUGGCAGUGCCUUGUUGUUUUUUUCUGCCAGCACUGUGGAAUGGCAAAGACAUUUUUAGGUUUUUGUUCAUUUUUAUGUAACACCAAAUUUAAACACACAGACACAUUGAUUGACAUAUUAUCAAACUAUAUCCCAGCCAGCAUGUCCAUAUGGGCCCCAUAAGGGUUGUAUUAUGCACAUACAUUUAUGAUCCCAAUUCCAACUAAACCAGCUCCAGUACACAUCACCAUCUAUCCAUCUACCUGUCUAAUCGCUAAUGCACAUGCUAUGUUUGCAACUAUAUCAUUACAACAGAGCCCAAUGUACUUCAGUCAUUCAAAACAGGAAUACUGACAUUAAGGCUUAAACUGCAGGUUUUACUAUUAAGUCUGGUACGUCCAUUUGAAUUAGACCAUUCAUUACAACAAAUGGAAAUACAGUCAGACUUGGCACUGAUGGCUCCACUCUUGCUACCUGGAUUGGCAAAGCAGCAUGCUACACCAAAUAGGGAGGACAAUGCAACAAACCCCAUACAAGAGAGUAGAGAUGUUCCGAUACCAUUUUUAAAAACAUAGGCAUACAUACGCAGGACACAGGGAGUUGGUUAGCGCUGCUCUUUACGUUCCACACUCCAGUUUGACUGUAGGCGUGCUAACGGAGCUAGCACAGCUAACAAUGCUAACGGAGCUAACUGGUAAAUACUGCCAAACCGCCGACAUGAUGAG